GAAAGAUUGUAUGACAUGGACGCCACUGAGCAGAAACACCUUGAGUGGAACAAGGAGACCGAACGAGCCUUUGAGCUACUGAAAAAGGCUUUGAUGUCGGCCCCAGCCUUAGGACUCCCAGAUGUGAGUAAGCCAUUUCUUCUUUACUCUCACGAGAAGCAGGGCAUUGCCCUGGGAAUAUUAGCACAAAACCUGGGUCCAUAUCGACGGGCAGUUGCCUACCUCUCUAAGCAGUUAGACGCGACUGCAAAAGGUUGGCCUGGAUGCCUGCAGGCAGUUGCAGCUGUAAUACUGAACAUACAGGAAGCCCGAAAGUUUACUCUGGGCCAGAAAAUGACUGUUUUGGUGUCUCACACAGUAUCAGCAGUACUGGAAGCAAAGGGUGGACACUGGCUCUCUCCACAAAGAUUCCUGAGAUAUCAAGCUAUAUUGGUAGAGCAGGAUGAUGUGGAGAUUGUAGUCACUAACAUUGUCAACCCAGCUUCUUUUCUCAGCGGGAACACAGGAGGACCGGUACAUCAUAACUGUUUGGAAACCAUCGAAGCAACAUAUGCAAGCCGCCCAGACCUGAAAGACAGCCCCAUGGAAAACGGGGAAACUUGGUUCACAGACGGAAGCAGUUACGUCCUAAAUGGUAAUCGACAUGCGGGAUACGCCGUCACCACCAGCCAAGAGGUAAUAGAAUCAGGGGCUUUGCCCAUGAACACCUCCGCACAGAAGGCAGAAAUAAUUGCUCUAACCCGCGCCCUGGAAUUGGCCCAGGGCAAAGUUGUGAACAUUUAUACAGACUCAAAAUAUGCCUUUGGAGUUGUACACGCACAUGGAGCAAUUUGGAAGGAGAGAGGACUAUUGAAUUCCCAAGGGAAAAAUAUCAAACACGCAGAAGAAAUUCUGAAGUUACUGGAAGCUGUCCAGCUCCCUAAGAAAGUAGCAAUUAUGCAUAUUAAGGCACACCAGAAAGUGAGCUCAGAUUUGGAAAAAGGGAAUGAGCUGGCAGACAGAGAGGCAAAACAAGUGGCCAAAACAAAGGUAAAAACAGAAGGGGCUUUAAUUCCUGAUAGACAAAUCUCCCUAAAAGGUAAGCCAGAAUAUACCAGGGAAGAUCAGAAGCUUAUUACAGAUUUAGAAGGGUCAUAUAAUGAAGAAGGAUGGGCUCAUACCCCACAGGGAAAAGUAAUCAUUCCCUCUUGCUUACUGUGGCAUCUGGUUCGGGAGGAACAUGGGAAAAGGCAUUGGGGAACAGAGGCUCUGUAUAAACAUUUAAUAAGAGAAAUUGUGGCUAGAAAUUUAUACACCAUGGUGAGACAGGUGACUCAACAGUGUGAUCUUUGCCUUCAGACUAAUCCUAAGAAUACCCCCAAACCAGAAAUGGGCCAGAUUGGAAAAGGCAAUGGGCCUGGACAACAAUGGCAAAUUGAUUUUACAGAACUUCCAAGAAAAGGGGGGUAUCGAUAUUUAUUGGUAUUAACUGAUACCUUCUCAGGUUGGCCAGAAGCAUUCCCAACAAGAACGGCUAAAGCUCGGGAGGUAACUAAAAUACUGGUACAAGAGAUAAUACCACAUUUUGGGGUUCCAGCAACCAUGUCCUCUGACAGAGGACCACAUUUUGUCUCAAAAAUAGUACAACAAAUUAGCCGCCAUUUGGGUAUAGAUUGGCAGCUUCAUACUCCAUAUCACCCCCCAGUCGAGUGGUCAAGUGGAAAAAAUGAACCACUUAAUCAAUCAAACAGCAAAUUGUGAAAUUAGGACAAGAAG